CCGAACACUAAUUCUUUCUGUUUCCCAACUGCAUACAAUUUUUAUGUUGAAUAAUAUGUUUCAAAUAGAGAUCACGUUUUUUCCACUGCGUCUGACUAAUUCCAAUAGGUUAGACCCACAAAAAAAAAAAACCAUGUGGAGAAGUCGAUUAGCUGUCAUCAUCGACAGGGGGUUUAUCGAUCUUCAUUCUUCCUUCCAACCAUAAGAUUAUUACCCAAACCUGAAGAUUAAAAAAAAAAAAAAUUGCCUAUCAUGGAUCGUAUUCGCGAGAAAAUGAAAACCCUCCAGACGGAGGCCGAUACAGCGCAAUCCGAAGUGGAAAAGCUUACAACAAAAAUCCAAGAACUCGAGCAGGAUAAUCAAAGCAAGGAUGAAGAGAUUGCUACGCUAUCAACCCGCCACCAAGUGCUCGAGGAGCAGGUCGAAGAGACUGAGAAGCUAGUCCGCGAGGUAAAGAGACUAUUCAACGAGGAUGAUAUCCAGGCUGGUCAUUAUGAGCGUCGUGCCCAGGCGCUUCAAGCCGAUUGCGACCAGUGGGAGGCCAAGUAUAAUGACAUGGCCGCCAAACAUGCCGAGCUUCAGAAGAACCUCGAUAGCUUGCUUGGCGAGAUGGGCGACGUAUAAGCAUAGACCAUUUUGUAUUGUAAAAGAAUCAAUUACUAUUUCCAAUCUCCCAGGGGCGUCCUGUGACAGCUGAUAUUCCCAAUUCGAACACCUCCAGUCCGCCACUUCUUGGGAAGCUCCUGUUGGCCAAAGAAGCGAAACCAACGGGAAGAGUUCUGCCAUAAUAAAAACAGAGAAUCACUCCUCUGCUGGAUAGAUCACAUACGGAGGUAUGAUGAUGGUACAAUAAUCCAGUUUGGCACCGCCAAGUCUGAGCUUCAAGCUAGGAAAUUGUAUCAAAAUCUUAGAUUUGGC